CCCAAUUUCGUUGUCAUCUGUGCUCGUCGAGUCGUGUGUGUAAAAAAAUAUUUGAGAAUGAAAGGCGCAGUAUUAUGUGUUUUGGGGCUGAUAGCUGUCGCUGCAGCUCUGCCACAAUCACAAUAUACGGAUCGUUUUGAUAACAUCAAUAUCGAAGAAAUCCUUGGCAACCCUCGGCUCUUGAAAGCGUACAUAAACUGUGUAUUGGAUAAGGGAAAAUGUACCAACGAAGGCAGGGAGUUGAAAUCACACAUUCGUGAAGCUUUAGAGAACCAUUGCGCUAAAUGCACUGAAACCCAACGCAAGGGAACACGUACUGUUAUUGGACAUCUUAUCAACAAGGACCCAACAUCUUGGAACCAAUUAGUUGACAAAUAUGAUCCUAGUAGAAGAUAUGUCGUCAAAUACGAAAACGAAUUGAGGAAUAUUGUAUUAAAACCAUGUACAUUUGUUAGUUACCAAUCAGUGCUUAAACACCUACAAGAAACCAAGAUGAAAUCCUUCGUAGUUGUCUGCAUCUUCGCGCUCGCGGCCAUCGCGUCCGCCCGCCCUGAGCAUUACACCGACCGCUAUGACGACGUGGACCUCGACGAGAUCCUGGCCAACGACCGCCUUUUAAUCCCUUACAUCAAGUGUGUGCUGGACCAAGGCAAAUGCUCCCCUGACGGAAAGGAAAUGAAAUCUCACAUCAAGGAAUCUCUCGAAAAUAACUGCGGCAAGUGCACAGACACCCAAAAGGCUGGUACCAGAAAGGUCAUCGGUCACCUCAUCAACAAAAAGGCUGAAUACUGGGAACAACUGAAGGCCAAAUACGACCCUGAGCACAAAUAUGUAUUGAAAUACGAGCAGGAACUCCGCACCGUUGCAGCGCACUAAAUGUAUACAGAGUUUGAUGUUUGCAAUUAUUUCUUCUAAAUUUUCGCGAAAAUAAAUUUAUUAGUUCAAAUUUAA